AUGUCAAUCCUGAGCCUCCCAAACGAGCUACUUCAAAGCAUUUUUGAUUCUCUCGAGUCGGAGACAGAGAUCAACGCCCUUAUCUGCACGCACCCAUAUAUCUAUCAUCAUUUCAACCCGUUUCUGUACACUCACAAUGUGGCUGAAUCCUCAAGUUCAGCCAUCAUAUGGGCCGUGACACGUGGACGGCCGGACACAUUGCAGAAAAUGAUCCAGCAGGGCGGCAACAUCGAAGUCCGUGAUGCCACUCACGAUCAGACACCGCUGGCAAUCGCCAUAGAAAAAGGAUAUAUCGCGAUUGCACAUCAACUCCUCGAUCAUGGGGCCGACGUCUCUGCCAAAAACCGAUAUCGCCAAACGCCUUUGUUCGAAGCCGCGCUACUGGGCGAUGAAGGCUUGGCACGCAGGUUGGUCGAGUUGGGUGCCGACGUAGACCCCACCGAUAUCGACAUGGAAUCACCGCUCCACAGCGCUUUGUACAGGAAACACGAUCGGAUCGUUGAGUUUCUGCUGGAGAAAGGUGCUGACCCGAACCGAAGAGACGACAGCGGUGUAAACACACCCUUGCACAUUGCCAUUCGGAAUUUCAACAUAACCAACAUUCGGCUUCUUUUAAAAUACCGUGCGGAUCCUGGAAUGCGGUAUUCGGAUUUACCUCCUGGUUUUAUGCAGCCGAUUCAUUUGGCAGUGCUCAAAGGUCACGAUUCUGCUGUUCAACUUUUAUUGGAGAUGGGGGCCGAUCGCGCAUGGAGGGAUGCUUCGGGUCAGACACUGAUGGACAUUGCAGAACGGGCGGGGUUUGGGGAACUGAUGAGACCAUUACUGGAAUAA